AACCCUCCAUUUCUUGCAAGUGUCAAAACCUUUCUCUCUCUCAUUUUGUUCUUGAAAAGCUUGAGUUUCUCUGUUUAUUUACUCAGAAAUUAUGGACAUGAGUCUUGUUUCCAAGGAUACUAGCUGGUGGGUCUUUACUCUUCCAGCAUUUCUUGGUUCCACAAAUUUAUUAGAUCCCUAUAUUUUGUUUUCUCUUCUUUUUUCGUUUCUUUUCCUUACAUUUCUCACUUGGAUUUUCACUUCCGGCGGUGUUGCAUGGAAAAAUGGUCGGAAUCAUAAGGGCCAUGUCCCCAUUCCUGGUCUUAGAGGCUUACCGUUCAUCGGUAGUCUCUUCACUUUAAGCCGCGGCUUAGCUCAUCGUUCUUUGGCCACCAUGGCUUGGAAACGGGCCAAUUCUCAGCUCAUGGCUUUCAGCCUCGGCUCUACUCCGGUUGUUGUAUCAUCUGAUUCUCAUAUUGCUCGUGAAAUCUUGUCUUCUCCUCACUUCGCUGACCGUCCGAUCAAACAGUCGGCUAAACUCCUCAUGUUCAGCCGAGCUAUAGGGUUUGCACCUAAUGGUACUUACUGGCGCCUCUUAAGAAAAAUUGCUUCCUCUCAUCUUUUUGCACCUAAACGUAUUGCAGCUCAUGAACCUCUCCGUCAGCAAGAAUGCUCAGUCAUGAUACGUAACAUAGCCAACGAACAGGAAACUAACAGUUUUGUUUUUUUAAGGAAACAUCUUCAAUUUGCUUCCUUAAACAACAUUAUGGGGAGUGUGUUCGGUAAGAGAUACGUCGACUCUGCGCAUGAUUAUGAUGAGCUUCAAGAGUUGAGAGAUAUGAUCAGAGAAGGAUUUGAACUGCUGGGUGCUUUUAAUUGGUGUGAUUAUUUGCCUUGGCUUAAUCACUUUUAUGACCCGUUUCGUAUAAAUGAACGGUGCUUGAAACUCGUUCCUCGAGUUAGGAAACUCGUUCGAGGUAUUAUUGAAGAGCAUAGACUCGGGGGGUUGAGAAAAGAGAGUGAUAGCUGUGAUUUUGUUGAUGUUUUGCUGUCUCUGGACGGUGAGGAAAAGCUCCAAGAAGAUGACAUGGUUGCUGUUUUAUGGGAAAUGAUAUUUAGAGGAACUGAUACAACAGCACUGUUGACAGAGUGGGUAAUGGCGGAAUUGGUAUUAAAUCCUGCAAUUCAAGAAAAGCUACACCAAGAACUAGACAAAGCAGCUGCCAACUUGACAGACACAGAAGUGGCAAACUUACCCUAUUUACAAGCUGUACUCAAGGAAACUCUUAGGGUUCACCCACCUGGGCCCCUCCUAUCGUGGGCCCGCCUCUCCACAUCAGAUGUCCACCUCAGCAACGGAAUGACCGUACCAAUCAACACUACUGCAAUGAUCAACAUGUGGGCAAUCACUCAUGACAGUCAAGUGUGGGCAGAUCCAUGGGAAUUCAGACCAGAGAGGUUCAUAGAAGCUGACGUGGACGUAAGGGGAGGUGAUCUGAGACUUGCACCGUUCGGCGGUGGCCGUAGAGUGUGCCCGGGGAAGAACCUAGGGCUAGUGACUGUGGGCCUCUGGGUGGCUCAGUUGGUGCACCAUUUCAAAUGGGUUAACCAUGUGGCCCACCCGGUUGAUCUUACUGAAGUGUUGAAGCUGUCUUGUGAGAUGAAGCAUCCACUGCAUGCUGUGGCGUUGAAGAGGAGGAAUUAGGGUUUGUAUGGAGUUAUUAUUAGUUAUUCAUAUAAAUUUUUGUUUGGUGUGGGUUUAGCUAAUUAAUCAUUUAUUAGUUCAUAGGCUAUAUAUAUAGUUUAGUAUGCUCAGAAUUAUUUCUGUUGUGAAUAAUCUAUAUAUGUUGGUAUGGAUUGAAAUAGGGACUCCAGUUUUGUGUGGUUUUCUGCAUGGGGUUUCCUCUGUUUUAUUACUACUUGAUUUCUUUAUAUAUUAUGGAUUUUAUCA